GACCUGUGUCCGCGUUUCUGACGUCCCAGGCUCCGGCCACGUGGAGUUAGACCUUCCGGUGAACCUCGGGAACCUGGUCAAGUGCGGGCGACCUUGCGGGGACCUCCGGAUGGCCGCGCUGGUGGCCCGAGCUCGCCGGGUGUUGGCGGGUAGGAGGUUGAAACGCAGCACCCGGUACCCUCCAACUGCAUCCACAGGCUCUCUGGCCGGUAGCUGCCUGGCCGACCGCCGCCUCUGGGAUCAGCUUCACACCCGGCCGCGUCUGGCUGGUGUCCCCACUUUCGACUGGUUUUUUGGAUAUGAGGAAAUCCAGGAACUUCUCUUCCCUCUCCUGCAAAAGGCACGAGCCACUGCUCCUCUGCGGGUGCUGGAUGUGGGCUGUGGGACCUCUAGCCUCAGCGCAGGCCUCUAUACCAAGUCCCCAUACCCCGUGGAUGUAUUAGGUAUAGACUUUUCUCCUGUGGCUAUCGCUCACAUGAAUGGCCUCCUGGAGGGUGGCCAAGACCAAGCACCCCUAUGCCCUGGGCACCCUGCCUCUUGCCUCUGCUUCAUGCAAGCUGAUGCCCAGAACAUGGUGCCUAUUGCUCCCUCGGGUUCCUUCCACCUCGUGUUGGACAAAGGCACUUGGGAUGCGGUCGCUCGAGGUGGUCUGCCUGGGGCAUAUCAGCUACUAUCAGAAUGCCUGAGGGUCCUAAGCCCUGAAGGCACCUUGAUUCAGUUCUCUGACGAAGACCCUGAUGUGCGACUGCCCUGCUUGGAGCAAAGGUCCUGUGGCCGGACAGUGACUGUGCAGGAGCUGGGUCCUUUCAAGGGCAUUACCUACUUUGCUUACUUGGUAAAGGGCUCUUGUUAAUGGUGUUCUAUCUUUGCAAUAUGCAUGGCUACACAUGGGGAGUGCUCCAUGCAGAUGCUCGAGGCUGUCUAAAGUCUGCCUAGUAACUGGCACACCUGGCCACACUUCAGUCCCACCCUUGCCCUAGAGUCAUGGGUGGGCGGUAGGUCAGCCCUUCUCUCCAUCUAUGUGUCAUCUCGGCCAC